GCGUUCCGGUGUGUCCAUAUAUGGUGUUUCGCCGUGGCGCACUGGAUUGUGGGUAGGUCUUCAGGUCGGCCAUAACCGUCUUUCCCGGCGGCUGAAGGAGAGGAGCGCAGUCAUGACGGGAUUCAGAGGCUUCACUCAUCUCUCCAGACGAUGUUACGCCGCCGCCAGGAGGAGCGAGGCAUUAACUGAACCUCUGCUCACCCGAAAACCUGCAGCUGCACCAGCCCUCCCGCCCCAGGACGUCCAGGUGUCCAAGCUUCCCAGCGGUCUUCUCGUCGCCUCUCUGGAGAACUACUCCCCCGUCUCUAAAAUCGGGGUGUUUGUGAAAGCCGGCAGUCGCUACGAGACUGCAGAAAACCUGGGCGUCACGCACAUCCUGCGAUUAGCAAGCAAUCUGACCACUAAAGGUGCGUCUGCAUUCAGGAUCUGUCAUGGUCUGGAGGCAGUGGGCGCCAGUUUGAGUGUGACGUCAUCAAGGGAACACAUGGUCUAUUCUCUGGACUGUCUUAGAGAUGAUUUUGACGGCGUCACAGAGUACCUGAUCAAUGUGACCACUGCUCCUGACUUCAGACCCUGGGAGCUGUCUGACCUCUUGCCGAGGGUCAAGAUAGACAAGGCUGUUGCAGACCAGAGCCCACAGAUAGGUGUUCUGGAGAAGCUGCAUGAAGCUGCGUAUAAGAACGCUUUAUCCAACUCACUGUACUGUCCGGACCACAUGGUGGGGAAGAUUAGUGUUGAUCAUCUGCAACAGUUCUUUGCUAAUAACUACACCAGUGCAAGAAUGGCCCUCGUUGGAUUGGGCGUCAGUCAUGCUGCUCUGAUGAAGGUGGGUGAGCAGUUCUUCAGCACCCAUACAGGGGCUGCUGCACCAGGGGCUGUUUACCGGGGCGGUGAGCUGCGUGUGCAGAGCGGUGGAGGUCUGGUGCAUGCGCUGCUGGCGUGUGAAGGAGCCGCGGCAGGCUCUGCGGAAGCAAACGCCUUCAGCGUGCUGCAGAGGGUUCUGGGUGUUGGACCACACGUCAAGAGAGGAUCCAACAUCACCAGCAAACUCAGUCAGGGCAUCACCAAGGCCACCGCACAGCCGUUUGAUGCCACGGCCUUCAGUGCUACUUACUCUGACUCCGGGCUCUUCGGAGUGUAUAUCAUCUCACAAGCAGAUUCAGCCCGCGAGGUGAUCAAUGCAGCCAUGGCACAGGUGAUAGCUGUGGCUGAAGGAAGACUUACUGCAGAUGACCUCACCAGAGCCAAGACUCAGCUGAUGGCUGAUUAUCUGAUGUCUUUGGAGAGUUCAGAGGGUCUGCUGGAGGAGCUGGGUGUUCAGGUUUUGAGCAGUGGCACCUACAGCUCACCACAGACUGUGACGCAGAGCAUCGACUCCGUGACCUCCAGUGACGUUGUCAAAGCUGCAAAGAAGUUUGUUGAAAGCAAGAAGACCAUGUCAUGUUAUGGACAUCUGGCAAACACACCGUUUGUUGAUGAAUUGUGAGAGAAAGUCCCAGUCUAAAGUGCACACAUUGUGCAACAGCUGCUUAUCUGAGUGUAAAAACAUUCAUAACUUGUUUGAAUCCCUGAUCACUGUUGAUAGUUGUUUUUUUGCUCAGUUCAUCAUGAAGUCUGGUCCUUAGUAACGGUUUACUGAGAGCAGAGCGUCAGUUUCGUCAGUUUCACUGUAUAUCUGAUGUACGGUCAUUAAAACAAAUCUAUCAGUGAUUAAUA